GGCCAGCAGGUGAGGGGUCCCAGAUGCUGGACAAGGACACCAAGACCAUGAUGGGCACAGAAGACACACCCAGAGGCAAAGCCAGCCCAGACCCUCAGGACUUGCGGCCAAGUGUGAUGCACAGCAUCAAGCUCUUCGUCCUGUGCCACAGCCUGCUGCAGCUGGCACAGCUCAUGAUCUCCGGCUAUCUCAAGAGCUCCAUCUCCACAGUGGAGAAGCGCUUUGGCCUCUCCAGCCAGACCUCAGGGCUGCUGGCUGCCUUCAACGAGGUGGGGAACACAGCCUUGAUUGUGUUUGUGAGCUAUUUUGGCAGCCGGGUACACCGGCCCCGACUGAUCGGUUAUGGGGCUGUCCUUGUGGCUCUGGCAGGCCUGCUCAUGACCCUCCCACACUUCAUCUCGGAGCCAUACCGCUAUGACCACACCCGCUCUGAGGAUAUGCCACAGGACUUCGAGGCUACCCUGUGCUUGCCCAUGACC